GGUUACGUCACAGAAGUAUAUAAAAGGAGGAACUUUCAGUCCACUAGUCAGGACAUCAUUCAGGGCCUCAGGGAUUCAAGAUACAGUCAUGAUCCGCGCAUGUGUUUUCCUUAGCAUUUUGGCAUUUGCCGUAUCUGAUUACGAUAAGAAAUACCAUUAUGGCACCAACAUCUACCGUCCAGGAGGGUUUGGUGGAGGAAAUCUUGGAUUAAGUGGUCUUGGCGGGGGAAAUCUUGGAUUAAGUGGUCUUGGCGGAGGAAUUCUUGGAUUUAAUGGUAUUGGCGGAGGAAAUCUUGGAUUUAAUGGUCUUGGCGGAGGACAAUUUGGCUUAAGUGGUCUUGGCGGAGGAAAUCUUGGAUUAGGUAGUCUUGGCGGAGGAAAUCUUGGAUUAGGUAGUCUUGGCGGAGGAAAUCUUGGAUUAAGUGGUCUUGGCGGAGGGAAUCUUGGAUUAGGUAUUGGCAGAGGAAAUCUUGGAUUAAGUGGUCUUGGCGGAGGAAACCUUGGAUUUAGUGGUAACUUUGGUGGACUCCAAGUGGCAAGACGUUCAUCUUUUGGGCCAGGAAGUGCAGCCUCGGCAAGUGCUGCUUCUUCUGGUGGAUCUGCUGCUGCUUCAGCUGCUGCAUCAUCUCCAUCCUUAGGUGGCUCAAUAUUCCCAGGAAGGGUUAACUCUUUUCCCCAACCGUACAGAUUUCCUCAACAAUAUGGCUUUCCUGGCGGACAAUACAACUUUCCUGGCGUACAAUAUGGAUUAACCGGACAAUAUGGCUUUUCUGGACAAUAUGGCUUCCCCGGACAAAUCGGCUUUCCUGGACCGUUCAACUUUCCUGGUCAACAAUCCCAGUACGGGAUCAGUCCUCUCCCAAAGAGAAAGGUUUACUAAAGAAUAUUCGGACAAGCACCCGCUAGAAAAUGGAUCACUGGAUACACAAUGUUAUUGUUGAUUUCGGUUACUUGUUGGGGUUUUUCAAUAAAUAUUAUAUGAGCAUUCUU